AUGGUGACCAAUUUCUCCCAAGCUGAGGCUGUGGAACUGUAUUACGAGAAUGUAAAUGGAUCCUGCAUUGAAACUCCUUAUUCGCCUGGUUCUCAAGCUAUCCUCUAUGCUGUCCUUGGUUUUGGGGCUGUGCUGGCAGUGUUUGGAAACUUGCUGGUCAUGAUUGCUAUCCUUCACUUCCGACAACUGCACACACCUACCAACUUUCUGAUCACCUCGCUGGCCUGUGCUGACUUAUUGGUGGGAGUCACAGUAAUGCCCUUCAGCACAGUGAGGUCUGUGGAGAGCUGUUGGUACUUUGGGGAGAGUUACUGUAAAUUCCAUACAUGUUUUGAUACAUCCUUCUGUUUUGCUUCUUUAUUUCAUUUAUGCUGCAUCUCUGUGGAUAGAUACAUUGCUGUUACUGAUCCUCUGACCUAUCCAACCAAGUUUACUGUAUCAGUUUCAGGAAUAUGCAUUAUUCUUUCCUGGUUCUUUUCUGUCACAUACAGCUUUUCGAUCUUUUACAUGGGGGCCAGCGAAGAAGGGAUUGAGGAAUUAGUAGUUGCUCUCACCUGUGUAGGACGCUGUCAGGCUCCACUGACUCAAAACUGGAUCCUACUUUGUUUUCUUCUAUUCUUUAUCACCACUGUCGCCAUGGUGUUUAUAUACAGUAAGAUAUUUUUGGUGGCCAAGCAUCAGGCUAGGAAGAUAGAAAGUACAGCCAGCCAAGCUCAGUCCUCCUCAGAGAGUUACAAGGAAAGAGUCGCAAAAAGAGAGAGAAAGGCUGCCAAAACCUUGGGUAUUGCUAUGGCAGCAUUUCUCAUCUCUUGGCUACAGUGAUUCAUUGACGCAGUGAUUGAUGCUUAUAUGAAUUUUAUAACUCCUCCUUAUAUUUAUGAGAUUUUAGUGUGGUGUGUGUAUUAUAAUUCAGCUAUGAAUCCCUUGAUAUAUGCUUUCUUUUACCCCUGGUUUUGGAAGGCAAUAAACAUCAUAAGUGGCAAGGUCUUAAGGAGUGAUUCAUUAACAACUAAUUUAUUUUCUGAUGAAGCAGAGACAGAUUAA